AUGUCCGCCCCAGGCGGGGCCCCGAGCCCUGCUCCUCGCAGUGGGAGUAUGGGACCAGGUGCUAAUGGCACCGGCAUGUCAAUGGCUUCCCAGCAGCCCUUGUCUGGUACACCCGUUCAUCAACCUCCCACGCCGGGACCAGGACCGUCGGCUCCACCCAGCGGUGCCAUGUCGCAACAGAACUUGAAUCAAAUUGUAGGUGUUUGA